AUGGCAGGGGCAGUGGCGGUGGCUGUGGAGGUGACGAAGGUGGCAGUGGAGGUGACGGAGGUGGCGGUGACGGUGGCGGUGCCCAUUGUGCUCGGGGCGGGGGCGUCGCGGCCCCGUCACCACUUCCCCGGGCCGGAGGAAGCGGGAAGCGGCCGCUCCCGGCUCAGAGGAGCCGCGAUGGGGAACCUGCCGGGGGUCCUGCCCGGGGCCCCCCGCGCCUGCCCCGGCCUCGGCCUCUGCUCGCGCCCGCGUGGACCCGUGCCCGAGGACCCUCCUGUCACCGCUGCCAGCGCCGCCGUCACCGAGCCCCCCGGCCCGGCGCCCGCUCACCCGGCAGAACCCCCCCGCUUCGCCCGCCUGAAGAACUGGGAGACGGGGAGCAUCAGCUACGACACGCUCUGCGCCACCGCGGGGCAGGAGCUGCCCUGCUCGGGGCAGCGCUGUCUGGGGUCCCUGGUGCUGCCGCGGCCGCUGCCCACCCCGACCCCCGAGGGGGUGCGACCCCCCGAGGAGUUGCUGGAGCUGGCCCGGGACUUCAUCACCCAGUACUACGUGUCCCUGCGGCGACUCUCCUGCCUGCUCUGCAUCCAGCAUGGCUGGACCCCCGGGGGGGGCCGCUUCGACGUGCUGCCGCUGCUGCUGCAGGGCCCCGACGAGUCCCCCGAGCUCUUCCCGCUCCCCCCAGAGCUGGUCCUCGAGGUGCCACUCCAGCACCCCACGCUGGAGUGGUUCUCAGAGCUGGGGCUGCGCUGGCACGCACUGCCAGCCGUGGCCAACCUGCUGCUGGAGAUCGGGGGGCUUGAGUUCCCCGCAGCCCCGUUCAACGGCUGGUACAUGGGCACCGAGAUCGGCUCCCGCAACCUCUGCGACCGCCACCGCUACGACGUGCUGCCCGAGGUGGCCCAGCGCAUGGGGCUGGACACAGGGACCAGCUCGUCCCUCUGGAAGGACCGGGCAGCUGUGGAGGUGAACGUGGCCGUGCUGCACAGCUUCCAGGUGGCCCAGGUGACCAUCGUGGACCACCACGCGGCCACCGAGUCGUUCGUGAAGCACCUGGCAGCGGAGGGGCGGGCGCGGGGGGGGUGUCCUGCGGACUGGGCCUGGAUCGUGCCCCCCCUCUCAGGCAGCCUCACCCCCGUCUUCCACCAGGAGAUGGUCAACUACCAGCUGCGGCCCACCUUCCGCUACCAG